GGAUUCACUACGGCGACCUCAUUUCGAAUAUAAGUGUGUCGGCCGCUUCAUGUUCAGUAAACAUGUCAGGGGCGAAAAUGAAGUGUUUGGAUGUAGUCAGGACCAAUCUACUGGUUAUUUUGACUAUGGUGGGGGUUGCUUUUGGAUUUGUGGUCGGGUUUGUAGCAAGGGAGUACAAUCCGUCAGCAAGUGCUUUGAUGUGGAUAGGAAUGGCGGGAGAGCUGUACCUCCGAAUGCUGAAGUCGAUGAUAGUACCUCUUAUUGUUUCUUCAGUAAUAACGGGAACAGCUUCCAUGGACCCCAAAUCAAAUGGAAAAGUGAGCGCCGUGUGCUUCUUAUACAUCAUGAUCACCAACACGAUGCCCACCAUCAUUGGGAGCAUUCUUGUGGUGGCCAUUAAACCAGGCCAAGGCGUGGCAAAUUCAAAGAGUCAGUUCAAUCUAACGACUAACUUGGAGACGCAGGAUAUUUUUGCAGACCUGUUGAGAAACCUAGUACCUGAAAAUUUAGUGUCAGCAACUUUUGAGCAAGCACAAACCAAGUACGAUUACGAGAAGAUUGCAAAAAAUAUUUCUGGCAAUAUUACAGAGACUACUCUCAAAUCUAAAUCAGUAGGAUCCGCUCCUAGCUCCAACAUACUUGGUCUUGUGAUCGUGAGUGCUGUCUUUGGUCUCGCCACCAGCUACAUGAAAGAAGUUGGUCAGCCAUUCAAACACUUCUUCAGCUCUGCUACCGAGAUUAUUCUCCGAAUCCUUCGUUGGUUGAUCUGGUCAACGCCCGUCGGUUCGCUGAGUUUGAUUGCCAAGACCAUCGCCGGAUCUCAGAACCUGGAGGAUGACAUGCGGAAGCUGGGCGUGUACUUCGGAACUGUGAUGACGGGGCUACUGGUGUGUGGGUUCCUGAUCCAACCAAUCACCUACUUUCUCAUCAGUCGCAAAAACCCAUUUAAAUUUUGGUUUUCUAUCCUCCAACCCACCAUGAUAGUUUUCGCGACAUCCAGCACCGCCAUCGCCAUCCCCGAGUCCUUUGAGUGUCUGGAGGGGAAGAACGGCCUGGACCGGAGAGUGACGCGGUUUGUGGUGCCCCUGUCUGCCGCCCUGGGUCGCUGCGGUAGCUCCAUGUACAUCACCGUUUCCUGUCUGUUUGUUGCACAACUCGUCAACGUAGAAAUCGAUUUUGCCAAGGUUGUCAUCGUCUGCAUCCUGACGUCAUUCUCCACGCUAGCCGUGCCCUCGGUCACGGGAGCUAGCCUGAUCACUGUUAUCAUUCUGCUGACCGCUCUCAACAUCCCAGCGGAGGCCGCCUCUCUACUCUUCGCUCUGGAAUGGUUCUUAGAUAGAUUCCGAUCCGUGGUCAAUUACUACAUGCAAACAUUGGGCGUCGUGGUCACGUAUGAAAAGUGCAAGGCCACACUAUCCUCUCUAGAGGAGCUCGGGACUGCUGACGGCGAGGAGGUGAAGGACGUCCCCAGCAUUGAACAAGAGGUGGAAGUGCCUUGUACUGUAGUGGGGAUUAAUAGUGAGGAAAAGUCCGAACCUGAGCAAUCACAUCUAUAGUGACUUCCUGUGAACCUGCCAUAGCUGGACCAGUGCAUGACCGAAUUCUGUACACGUGUAAUCCCACUGUAGUUUAAGUGUAUAUAAAAGAUGUAUGAAUGUCGCAUAUCAUAGUCAUUUUUAAAUAAAAUCGCAAAGCACAAUAUAUCCUUUCA